UUUUUUUUUUUAUUUUUUUUUUUUUUACUUUUUUUUUUUAUUUUUUUGUCCCUCCGCUCUGUACCGAAAGUACCUCGAGGCCCACACACGCGGACCGACGUGACAACAAGCUACUUUAACAUCCGUCCAUCCGCUUGCCUACCUCCUUAGGUACCUCAACUCAAGGUUGGACAAAUCAAAACAGCCAGCCAGCCAUCCAUCCAUCCAUCCAGCUUGUUGUGUGUAUGUCCGGAGCUUUACCAUCCACCAUCACCACCACCACCACAACCAGCGCCAGUGACGCCAGGUACCCGACAACACGAACACCACCACCUGAUCAGCCUGGACUUGGACGCUUUGUUGGGCCGUCAUCCCGCCACUGGGAAUCUCGUGUCUUGCUGGUAUCUUAAAGGUGUUCCUUGACCGGAUCCCUUCCGCCCGUGCUCCGUUAUCCCGCCUACCGGCAGCAUCUAGUCCGACUCGCACUGCUCGAUCGUGUAGCUUUGGCUACCCCCAGGUACCCGUUCAUCGUUGUGGUACUUGCAACCCGGCGCCCUCGCCAGAGAAACUAUACACCCGCCGAUCUGGAAGACGACACCCCCGGCGCACUAGCACAAGACCUGAUUCAGAAAACAACGAGUUCGGUACUGGUUUGUGUCCGGUGCAUCGACCUACCUCUGACCUGCAUGUUCGAGUAACCAGAUUUUCUAUCUCUUCCCAAGGUUGUCUUUUUUUUCUUUUUUUCUUUUUCCGGGGGGCUCCAGGAGCAGCCGCCAUUCUGGGCGCUAGAUUCUUGCACCACACACGGAAGACUUAAGAUAGCUCCGAAGCUCUCAGAGUGGACAAGUCCACUAUCUCGCACCAUUCGUGCCAAACGCAAUCCUUGCCAUACCUUAUAUCAGUCAGUCUUUACCGAAAACGAAUAGGACGAGCACCAAACCUGCGACAGGGUCAAUCCAAGACGUUGAACUGCAGCUUCGUGUACAUUCGCAGUGGCAUCGAGGGAUGUGGUUGCAGUACCGAGGCGGAAUCUAAGUUAGUUUGUUACUUGUUCGCGGCUGGUUCGGGCACCAAUAUCACCACGUUCGAUCAGCGCGCGUUAUCAGGCCUGGGUGGGUUCUUCAAGACACCGACCCUCUGACGACAACUCGACCAAGUCGAGCCUCCUCCAUGCAAGCCCUAAGCCGCCAGUCCGAGACACCGUACCUCCCGCUCGGUCUCCGCCGAGGAGCUCCCGACCUACCAAAUUUCUCUAUUGACCUGAACUGGACAAAGCCUGAGUGCGAAACUACCACUCGGUCGCGGACGUAUCCGUCUCCGCCCAUGUCUGGGUCCCCUUCGUUGCCGCCGAUAUCCAGUCAAGGGGUCGGAGACAGAAACCAGGGAGUCUAUCACACGCCUGCCAGUCAGGAUGUCCGCCUAGGGACCGCGCCAGCUCACCAGGACUUUGCAUCGCACGCUCCCAGCUAUCAGCCGCAACCAUACCACCUCCAACCCCAAACACAAGCACCACCACACGUCCCGAUGACAACGCAAGCUCAAGCCCACAUGGGCCCCUACCCACACGAGUCUUUUGACAGGACUCACUAUGGCUACGAACGACCUUCGGAAAGCCAGCACCGCCCAACACAGUAUCAAGCACCUGCUCCCGGUAGCAUAUUACCACCCCACCCGUAUAUGCACCACUCUUCUCUCGGACUUGGUCAUGGACAUCUUGCCAGCCUUGGCCCUCCUCCCACCCUCUCGGGACCCCCACAGCCAUCUUAUUCAAACCCGCCGAGGCCUUCACCACAAGAGGCCCAUCACUACACCUCCCCGAAAACACAAAGGAAAACAAAAGGCCAUGUAGCUUCCGCAUGUGUUCCUUGCAAGAAAGCGCAUCUUAGGUGUGAUUCUCAAAGACCAUGCUCAAGGUGUAUCAGCAAUGGCAAGGAGGACUCAUGCGUCGAUGUUCAGCAUAAGAAAAGGGGGCGGCCAAGAUUACGAGACGAUAGGGAAGUUAGGUAUGACGUGUCUUCCAGACACGGUCCUUCACUUGAAGGAAGCAUGAGGAGACCACUCUCGCUCUAUUCGCAAGCGCCUCCCCCGAGCCACGUUGGCGGAUACGACGAUUCGAUGAGACGGUCGCAGUCGUACCGAGUGUUGAAGUCGUUGCCCUCCGAAGGGCCGGCUCCUCCGAGAUACUUGGAACGUGCAUCCGCAUCAGACGCCAACAUAUUCCCGGCGCCAUUGUCGAUCGCUCCGAGACAACAGGAGGCGGUGGCCUUCUUGACUACCGAUUUUGAGGUUGCCAAGACGUCAAGCGGGUUUCUCGACGCUAUCGGCCGUCAUUCCAUCAAAGGCCUCAAGCUGUCUGAUGUUGUGGCCUCGACUGAUAGAGAGCGGGUGAUAGGUCUGCAAACGCAGCUGCAGGAUGAACAACGAAGGAAGGAACCGAGCUACUUACCUCCAAUGUUUGCCAGGCAGGAGGAAGAGAGGAUAUUCCAUGGACUGGGCUUCAGUCCCGAGGAAAUCGCCAGGUUCUCGCUCGACAGACAGGUCUUGUUGACCUUCAAUUCGCAAGACGGGCAGCUCAGGACCUGCACUGCUCGUUUCGGGCUCGCCAAGCUGGAAUCGAUAUACUUUGUCGUCAUCCAACUGAACAGUGGAGCACGAGCCCACGGCCACCUGACGCCAUCACCGCACCCCAGGGACUCGCGUGAUAGCCCCUUUCAGUACCAAAGCCCACUCCCUCAAUACCAACCUCAACCACCGCAGCCCACUCCUGUCUCGGCAACGUUUGGCUCUUCGAGGCCGCGGCUGGGAAGUGAUACCAGUAGUGUGUAUGGCGUGAGAUCUCAAGGUACCGGUCCACAAAUGAUGCCGACUCACAGCCCCGGCAUGUCUUCAUCUUCGUAUGCUGCAUCGCCCAGCCGCACAGAAUACCCGGCCGCGGUGGGAUCGUAUCAGAUACCUAGGAGCGAGCUUCCUCCUGCGACGCGACCUGCCCUUCCGCAGCAACCAACGUUCCAGCUGCCACCCAUAAGAAGUCAGCAACCAACCAGCACGACAGCUCCGCAAGAGUCAUCGUCUUGGCCACGGGACGACAGGCUCAAGGUGGGCGGUUUGAUAGACAACCCAGAGUCUUAUAACCAGCCCAAACCGCGAUAACCACGAACCAACAAACAAUUCAAUGCUUGAGCAAGCGGGAGCGGCGAGCUCGACCGCGUGUUACUUUGCGCGGCUGUGAUCAGUGUGCUCUCGAGGCACAUCAGGCUCGUUUGGCCUUCCGUGGCCAUGUUCUUCCACUCCAACCGAUAGCCACUAGUGUGACAUUUCCCUUCCGACUUCUUUUUCUUUCAACGGCCAUUCGACUCAGGAUACCCCUUGUACAACGAACGCCAUUUUAUUUCAUGUCGCAGAGUCUCGCAAGACGUCUCUCUCAACACUGGCAGCUCGGAUGCCACUUUUCUUGUCAUGACUUUGAGAAAGCAGGAGAUAUACCCCAUCCAGGAUUAUACCUGGAGUCAUCCUCAUUUUGUCUUUAAUCGUCCCUGGAAUCUGCCUCUCAGGGUAUCCAACUGGUUCCUAGCUCAUUUUGUAUAGUUUUAAUCUCUUGUUCCAUGUAAACCUUGUCUAAUAGCGAUCUGUUCACCGUUGAAUCAUCGUCGAUAUGCCUGCUUUUCUUCUUUUUCGUUUCUUUUUGCUGAAACCUGAUGAGGCUGGAAGAUCCUGGGACGAGAGAGGGCUUCGCAGUAGAAUGUGCGGUUCUUGGUGUCUAGACUUGAAAGCAGGAUAUAACAAGCUGACCUGCGGGUCGAGCAUUCAGUUUGGUCUUGUAAACAAAGUAAACCGAGACAGUGCCCGGUGCCCGAGUUGCUGCCGGUGCCGGAACGAUGUUGCCGAUAUCUAUAUUAAAUCAGAAAGUGUGAGCAUCAGUCUAAGCGGGCGGGAAGCAACCCGAAAUGAGUGUGACUUGUUUGUGUGUGUGUGCAACGACGGACAAUGUGACUAGAC